CAAUACCUGCGGAGCACCUCUCGAGGCUCGGGUCAUCGGGCUGCUGCAGCGUUGUCUUCUUCCCUUUCCGUUCUUGAUAAACGCAUUUCGCACCGACAGCAAGCGUGUUCACAGAUAUAUUUGCAGCGAACUACGUCGGGGUCGCCCGGAACAAGCGCAGAGCACAAACUCGACAAAAAUACUUUGUUCGCGCAUCUUCCUCGCGAGCCUCCGACAGCACAGUUCUUGUUUUUGGCCGUCUCUCUUGACAAAAAUUGGGCCGGGCUCCUCGAGGAAGUCCCGGCCUGAGCGUGGAAGUGGCGAAGCUCGGAGAUGUCCCAGAUAUUGGGCUCAAUGGGAAAGGCGUUCGGCACACUCUUCCGACCCGGCUACGGCAGCGUCGGUGGGCACGACCGGCAGGCGCAGGAGGAUACUGAGCUCGCGGAGUCAGCGCCUCCGCUGCCACGGACCACGCCGGUGCAACCGGGGGGUGCUGCGCUGGCAGCCACCGCGCUGCCUGCGUCAACGCAGGGCGCCUAUCACCCCAUCAUGAUUCAGCACCGGAGCUCCACGCCCGACGGCAGCAGCCCAUCGGGCUGCUCCCCCGACGCCAGCGCACCGCACUGCGGCGCCGGCGCCGGCGGGGGCUCCACCGGCCCCGCGCCGCUCACGGCGCUGUCCGACCCGCCUAGCUUCAGCAGCUGCAUGCAGGACAGCAGCAGCAGCGCUGUCACCGCCACCGCUUGCGGCUCCGCCGCGCACCCGCCAUCCGGCAACGCCGCCCCCAGCAACAGCCUAGACCUGGCGGGCGCGCUGUCACGUGAGCUGUCCAAUCUGCUGCCGGCCGUCACCUCAGUUGACCCCGGCGACAGCGCCUUCCUACCAGCGGCCGGCGGCACCGCCUACGCCGCCCCUACGCCCCCCAGCUCCGCCGCCGCCUCGCAGCUCCCCGGCCCGUUGUUAGAACACCGCAGCCUGCCGGCGCUGUCCGGCGCCGCAAGCCCGCGCGCCGCCGCAGGCAGCGGCGGCGGCGCGGGCGCGGGCGCCGGCGCCGGCUCGAUCGCCAGCGGCGGCGGGGGGCUCAUUUCUGGCGGCGGCAGCUGUGUACUCCCGUAUGACCGCUGUCGCUCGUCGCGUGCCAGCCUGAACGAUUCGUCUGCGUCGGCGGCUGGCGAGGCGCUGCGGCAGUCGAGCAUGACCAACCGCAAGGCCAACUUCACGCGUGACAACCUGGUCGCCUACAUGCGUUGGGUGCGGGCGUCGCGGGGCGCGCUGCGGCUAGCGGGCAAGGGCUCGUUCCGCGGGCCGCACCCGCAGCUCCUGCUGCGCUGUGAGCACUGGCUGGAGGUGACGGACGAGCAGCACCGCUACGGCUCCAACCUGCGCGUCUACUUCGACUAUUGGGUGGCGGAGAUGGAGGCGGCCGAGCUCACGCCACCGCCCAGCCCCGCCCUCAUGUCACCCUCGCCCUCGCACACACAGCUGGCGACCCUGGCGGUGGCCAGCGUCGCAGGCGCCGUUGCGGGCGUAGGAGCAGGGGCGGCGGGAGCGGGAGCGGGAGUGGGAGCGGGGGCAGGGGCGGGAGGGGGUAGCGGGCAUGGCCACCAUGGGGCGGCGGCGGCGGCGGGGCCGUCGCGGUUUGCUGAGGGCCCGGGGCUGUCGCGCUCCCACACGGGCGGGCUCACCGCGGGCACGGGCCUGGGUGCCGAGGCGCCGCAGCUGCGGGCGAACUCCUGUCUGGAGCCGCUGCCGGAGGUGCCGGCGGCGGAGUCCCUUGCGGCAGCAGCUGACGCGGCUGCUGCUGUAGCCGCCGCUGCUGCGGCUUCCGCGUCAGCGGCGGCAGAAGGUGGCGUGGGCGCGAGUGGCAGCGGCAGUCGCGACGGCGAGGCGGCGGGCGAGUCGGAGCUGCAGCAGCGCGAGGGCAGCGUACACCGCGGGAGAGCGUUCAGCUCGCCCGGGGGAGCCGGCACCGGCGCCGCUGACGGCGGCGCCGACGGCCGCAGCAGCGCGCAGGACGGCGGCGACGCGGCUGGCGGCACGCCGUGUGACGGCUGUGCCGACGGCCACUCGCCCACGUCGUCGACGCUGCUGGCACACGUGGAGGGGGCAUCCAGCUCGUGCUCGGGAGGCGAAGCCGGCGCCGGCGCCGACGGCGCCGUGUCGCAGCGCCCGGGCGGCAGCGCCGCGGCGGGGCGGCGGUUCAGCGUUGGCGACGUCAGCACCUCGGCGCCGGACCGUCCCCGCACGUCAGCUCGGCGCUACCUGUUGGGCCAGGCACACUCGGUUUCGGGCACGACGGCGUGCUUGGCGGCCAAGGCCGCCUCGAUAGACGUACCGGCGUCGGGCGGCAUGGGCGGCGGCGGUGUGGUGCCUGGCGGCAGUCCCAAUGCCUCGCGCAACCACCUGUGCAGCCCCUCCAAGCGCUUCAUGAUGGCAGCCAUGAUCGACAUGGGGCCGCCGCAGCCGCCGCACCAGCACCAGACUGCAGCGGCGUCGACAGCAGCAGCAGCAGCAACAGGCGUGACGCCUGCAACUCCGGCCGCCGGCCGCGCCGCCGGCGAGAGCGACGCAGCUUUCACCACGCCACCGCAGCAGCAGCCCCAGAACCCGCACCUGCAGCCGGGGUCAGCGGCGGCUGCGGGCUCCGCGGCAGCGGCGAAGGGUCUUCCUGCGAGCGGCAGCGGCGGCGGCAUGGCGGCGGUGUGCGUGGCGGCGAUGCAGGCGGCGGGCGGCACGUCGGCGCAGCGGGCGGCCAAGCUCAUGUCCAACCGCAGCAGCGUCGGCAACGGCUCCAACUUCUUCAGGUGGCUGGACCACGGUCCGGGUCUGGAGGUGGACCUGCGGCACCUGGGCGUGUCGCGAGCCAAGCUGGACACGGAGCGAGUCAAGUACCUCACGCCCACAGAGCUGCUGGAGUAUGAGCUGGACGUGGACGUGGAGACGGGGCUGCUGAGGUACAAGCGGAGCGGCAAGCUGCUGCACACAGGUCCCGACGGCCGCUGUUCCAUAGACGAGUACCGGCGGCCGCCCACGCCGCCGCCGCCCGCGGUGCCGCUCUCGCUACUCGGCGAGGGCGCCGCCGCCUGGUGGAUGGGAUCCGCCGGCCGCGCAGCCGCCGCCGCUGCGGCCGCCGCCGCCGCCGCCUCCGGCGACGCCGCUGCCGCCGGCUCGGGCCCGGGCUCGCAGCAGGGCUCGCAGCACGCCUCCAGCGCGACCUCGCCUCGCGUGACGAGCUCGGGUCUGGCGGCGGGCGCGCGCGGCGGCGGACUGCAGUCGCGCAACAGUGUGCGGGCGCGCGGCGGCGGCGCCACCAUGGGCACGCUGCACGAGGGGCACGAGGGCCGCAACAGCCUCGAGGUAACGCCCGCCGCUGGCGCGGGCGCGGCGACGGCGGCGGCAGUGGCGGUGACCGCGGCGCCGUCGGGGCCGGUUGAGGGCCGUGUGCUCGACUUUGACAGCGUGGCUGCGAACGGGCACCUGCAGCAGCAGCCUCAGUCGCAGGCGGAGGCGGAGGCGGAGGCAGCGGCGGCUGGGGAGGUAGUGGCUGGGUGCAGUGGCGGCAGCGCGCCGCCGGCCGCCGGCGACGACUGCGGCUCGCAGACGUCGAGCAGCUCGGCGCGGCCCAUCCCCGGAGCCGGCGGCGGCAGUAGCAGCGCUGGCGGCAGCGGCUGCUGCUCCGGCGCGGGCAGCGGCGCGGGCAGCGCCAACGGCACGUGUGGCCGCCCCUGCCUGGACACAGCGGAGCCGCCGCAGCAGCUCCCGCCACCACCCGAGGCCGCAAACCCGCACGCAGGAGGUGCGGCUGCGGCGAUGGAGGCGGAGUCGGCGGGGCUGCGGCUGUCUCUGGAGCGCGCUCGGAGCGUCACAGACAAUGACCCCCGGCUCAGCUUCGCCGGCCUGCCUAACUUGCACGCGGCGGCGGCAGCGGCGGCGGCGGCCGCGGCCGCGGCAGCGGCGCACGUGUCCGCGCUGGAAAGCGUGGCGGAGGCGGAGGCCGUGCCUGUGCUGCACCCGCACCCGCACCCGCCCGUGCUGGUGCUGCCUUCGGACGGGCCGCAGCCCAUGCCGGUGUUGCAUCAGGAGGUGGAGGCGGCCAACCUGGCCCGACAGCUAGAGCUGCUGCGUAUGGGCGCCGGCCUUGCCUCGCCCGCCGCCUCGGCCGGCAGCGCCGCCACCGCCGGCGCGGUGGGCUCGCCCUCGGGCGCCGCCGCCGCCAGCGCCGUCGCCAGCGGGCCCAGCAAUGGCGCCGGCACGGAGGGCUGCGGCGCCGCCGCCGCGCCCGCGACGGCGCUUUCGACCGCGAUCGCCGCCGCCGCUGGCGGCGCCGCGAACGCGAGCAACGGCGGCGGCGGCGCCGGCGGCGCGCCGCUGCCGCGCACGCCGCCGCCGGCGCCGCCGGCCGUUGCGACGGCGGGGCUGGUGGCGGUGGGCGGGGACCGGGGGGAUGGCGCGCAAGAGAAGGUGACCAAGUGGAUCUAUGUGGUGGAUCCCGAGCUGCGGCUGUACGUGCACCCCAAGGUGCGUGGCCGCUUCCACCACUCCAGCUUCCUGUGCGGCGGCGCAGUGGUGGCGGCGGGCGGCCUGGCGGCACGGCACGGCCAGCUGCGGCUGCUGACAGCCGACAGCGGCCACUACUGGCCGCGAGAGGAAAACUUCAGGUGGCUGUGCGAGCACCUUGUCUCGGUGGGCGCCGACCUGUCCAUAUGCGAGUUCCGCUCCAAGCACAUGCCCGUGCCCGCCGCCACUGGCCGCGAGCUCAUGGAGCGCAUGGGCGUGCCGCCGCCGGCCUGGCGCCUGUCGGGUCUGCCCAUGCCGCCCUCCUCGCCUGGCCUCAGCGGCCAGGGCAGCGGCCGCGGCCUGCUGCCGCUCGAGCUGCAGCUGGACGAGCUGGAGGCGGGGGAGGACAUGGGGGAGCUGCUGACGCUGACGCGGGAUGCCGGGGCUGCGCCGGACGGCGUGGCGGGCUUCUGCGGCUUUGGCGGCCUGAGCCUGAGCCUGGCGGCGGGCAGCGUGAUCGGUUGCGGCGGGGGUUCUGGGAGCGGGGGAGGGGCGGUGGGCGGGGGCGAGGGCGGCAGCGUCGGCUUCAUGAGCUUCACUACGCAGCAGCAGCUGGCGGCGCACCUGCAGCAGCUGCUGGCGGAGCAGGCGCAGUUGCAGGAGCGCGCGCGGGUGCAGGAGCAGGACUGAGGCGGGCUGUGCACCCCGCAGGCGCGGCCGGGCGGUUGGAGCGGCUGGGGGGCCGCGGCUGGGGACCGGCGAGGCGUGUGUGGCUUGCGCAUGUGCUGAAGGUGGUGGGGAGGUGGCGUACUAGCGUGGGGCUUGGGCGUCCCGGGAGGGCGGGUGCGCGGGCGCACGCGACCGACUGGGAAGGCGUUGCGGCAGGAGUUCUGCGCGUUGGACUGAUGCUGGCAGCGUUGUGCUGGUUGCUGCACACUGCAGAUGUCGUACCUUGCUAAGCUCGCAUCGCGGCUUACAUUCCGCACGUUGCUCGAGAGGCUUGUCGUGAGUCUGGUAGUGGGAGGCGGACUGUGUGGUGUUGGGUCCGGCGCUCGGUGCAGGCUGGCACGUGCCAAGCGGUCCCGAAUAAGGUAGCCGUCCAUGGAAACAGCUUACUGGGGCGGCUUUCGUGUUCGGCGCUGGAGGUUACAAGGAGUGGACCAGGCUCCAAUCUUGAACCCAGGCUGUGACGGGUUCUGAGGGGCGGUAACCAAGGAUUGGAGGAAACAUCGUGAGGAAGCAUGGGCAACACAAUACCUAGUGUGAAACGGAGAGACGGCUGUGAGCACGCGCGAUGCUAUGUGUGUAUGGGUGUGUUUUUCAUGGCUAGCGCCAAGAGUUGCGUUUGAGCCGGCGGUGUGAAUGGUGGCGUUCUUUCACCUGGUCUUCGCUUGCACCCCGGCCAAGGGUGCCUGUCUUAGAUGCAAAGUCGUAACAAAGCAAACGAGUUCUCGUGAAAGCGCUGGCAUGAGUGUGUGUUGCUCUGCAGCCGCGGCUGUGCGGCAGCCGGCUUAUGCCGAUAGUCUUGUGUGCUAGGCAGCCCAUCGGUCGCAUUGGAUGCGAGUUUGCUGACGUGCACCAACCUAACAGGACUGCGUGUUUGUGACUGGCCCUUGUCUAGAGAGUGGCGACAGCGUGCCCGUCAUAUGAGCAAGCCGGGCGUCGGCCGCGGAGGGAGGUGGGCGAUGCAGAAGUCUGUCAGAAGUGGUGGUUUCUGCUCGUCUGUCUGCCGAGUGGGUGCAUCAUGCUUGCCGGUGGUGUCCGCCAACAGCUUGCAUUGCGACGACGGCUUGCUAUUGCACGGUAGCGGACAUUCAUUGUGAUAAUGAUUACGGAGGGAAAGGGUGCGCAUGCCGGCAGGUAGCCGGCGCAGCGUCAGGGUCGAGCUGGUGAGAGGGAUUGCGCCGCAAAAAGAUGCACCUGCACGAGAACGAAAUUGUUUUUUUAGAUCGGGGCAGGUCAGGAUAGGGCAGGGUAGGGCAGGGCUGGUACUGAGUGGAGUUCUGGAGUGGAGUUCUGGAGUGCUGGUGUGCUGACGUGAGCGCGCAGGGGUCCGAAGCUCCGCGGGGGUGCCUUUAGACGCAUGCUACGUGUGCCGUGUGGCUUCGUGCAGCGGUGCCGUGUCGCUCGUGGGGGCAGAGGAGCGUGCUGUGCAGCAGGAGUCGUACCGUACCGGUAGUGAGUGUGGGUGAGUGCGGGUGCGGCUGCAAGCAGCGCGUGGCGAAUGGUGUCUGGGGUGCCGUGCGUGCCGUGCGGCUGUGUAAGCGAAUUGAAGC